AUGGAAACAUGGGUGCUGCGAACAAUUGGAGAGAGAUGGAGGCAAGACAAGUCCAAUUUGAAAUCCAUUUAUUUUGACCCACAUAAGAGUCAGGAUGCUAAUAAUAGUAAUGCUCCUAAUGGUGUAUUAGCUGAUCAGUGGGUUGCGCUUGUCAAUAAUUGGAUGACCCCUAAAGCACAGGAUUUAAGUGAUGCCAAUAGGAUAAAUUGUACAAGAAGAAAGUCAAUGCAUACAUCUGGAACAAAAAGCUUUGCUCGGAAUAGAGAAGAAUUGGGCUAUCCAGAUGCUCCUUUAUCGCCACCAACAGAUGUUCGUCCUGCUAUGAAACGACAAGGCUAUCUAGAUGCUCCUUUAUCGCCACCAACAGAUGUUCGUCCUGCUAUGAAACGACAACGAAUUUAUUGUCAACUUCGUAGUGAAGAUUCUAGUAUGUUUGGUGAACGGAAUAACACAAUGGAGGAUGAAAACGAAGAUGAUGAGUACGAGGAACUGCACUCACACUACAAAUGUUCUAAAAUUCAGGAUAAGAGCAAGCCACCACAUUCACGACGUGAAGCACUCCAUGCUAGUAGAGUUUCUGCAUCAAUAAAGAUUGAAAAGGUUAACUGA